AUGGGCUUAAGAAGCACCAUCUCAUGGUCAAAAGUGAUCAACAUUACCUGUAUCAUCAGUGUCCUCUUGACUGUACUGUCAUCGUUUCUGAUUCUUCUAGCAUCUCGACUCAAACGAAGGACUCAAGGUAAAAUCACCCUCACCGACCCAGUCGAGGACAAACAACCCACAAAGAAGGAUGAAUUGAAGAACCAACUCCUCAGUCAAGUUCCCAUGCAUACUCCUAUUACUGGAGACCCGGUAGAGACCACAACAUUUUGGAGAAAAACAAUCGUACCCCGAUCUUUACUUCUCCUUGUCAGUCUUGGAACCAUGGGACUACAAAUCUAUAUUAUGAUGACACAACGUCCUUACCUGUCUAAUGCGCUGAUCCAAACCGCUUUUACAACUGAAUCAUUGACCCUCUUCUAUCUACUUUGCCUUGCUCGCAAGUACACAUUCACCAGGGAUCUUGCUGUUCAUCGAAGGUUAUCUUAUCAUAUUUGCGCCAUUUCUCUCAUCAAUUCUAUUCUUCUGUACUUCCGUACCUUGGGAAGUUAUCUGUUCGAGUCAUCAGGACAAUUUGACCCACAGACAGAUUAUACAUUAUUUGCUUUAUCAUUUCUUCAAUUUGUGAUAUCAGGUAAUAUACCUGUUAGUCCUUAUUUAUAUGUGGAUUUAACCAAUAUGUAUUCUAAAGCGGUCACCAAUUCGUUGAAAGAAGCUCCAACAAUCGAUGGGUUUCAACAUCAAGGUGGAAAUGUUGAAGAAGGACAAUCAGCAUCUAUUUUUGGUCAAAUAAUGUUUUCUUAUGUCUUCCCAAUGAUUAUCAAGACUUCUAAGAAAGAUCAAGUGGAUAUCACUGACUUGCCGGCUUGUGAAAAAGAUCUGAGAACACAAAAUAUCUAUCAUCAAGUCAUGAUGUCCGAUAAUAAUAACAGAGCUAAAUGGAAAAAUCAUAAAACUUUAUCAUUGCUUUGGACAGUUUGGUGGCCUCAACGUACAACAGUUGUAAAGACCCUACUUUUGUCGAUUGCUUUGUGCCCACUAUGGUAUAUUCCCCACUUAUGUCUCCAACAAAUCUUAGCUAUUCUCGAUGAUCCUAAAUCCUCCAGACAGAGUGCAAUAGCUUUUGCUGCUUUAGGGAUCGUUACUUCCUUUGCCGCAAAAUUAGCAAUUAUGCAACAAUACAACCUUCAAAAUGCUUAUGGAGGACCAAGAAUCAACGCGCAUACUUCUUUCCUAAUGUUUCAAAAAGUCCUCACUCGAAACUUAUAUGCCAGGGCUGAAAAAGGAGAUGGUGAAAAAGCCGUUCAAACGAAAGCCGAUAUUCUCAAUUUGAUUUCGUCUGAUGCCGUAAGUGUACAGAGAAUAGGGUGGACAGGCAGCGAGCUUUUCAGAGCUCUCCUGGAGCUUCUCCUGGGCGGUGCAUAUAUCUGGCUACUUCUCGGACCAUCUGGAAUGUGGGGUUUUGCCACGUUGAUAUUCACUUGUCCACCGGCUUAUUUCCUGACCAAGAAGGAAUACGAAGUCUUCGAAAAACGUCUAGCAAUAAGAGAUGAACGAGUUGGUUUAAUGCAAGAAGCCAUUCAAGCUAUUUUGAUGAUCAAAAUGAUGGCUACUGAGAAAUUCUGGUUUAGGAGAAUUAGUGAAGUUCGCAAAAGGGAAUUCAAAAAAUUAGUUUUAGCUCAAAUGUUAGGUUAUGCUUCAUCGCUCUUAUAUUCUGCCGCACCGACGAUCCUGGUUAUCGUUUCUUUCGCUCAUUAUACAUUGAUUGCUAAGAAAGAACUCAGUGCUACCAUUGCAUUCACGUCUAUCGCUGUAUUUGAUGAAUUGCGAGUCGCACUGUUCAAUCUACCUGCAACAGUAGCCGAGAUCCUGCAAGACGUCUUGGGAGCUAAGAGAAUAGCUACAUUCUUAGAUUCCAAUGAUGUAGAAUAUCUUUCCGAGACGGCUCAUCACAACGACACUCCCAUCAAUUCUGGCCCUCUUUUUGUUAAGGGUACAGUAGCUUGGGAUAUGCCCGAGAACGAUUUAAAAUCCAAUUCGACUAACAUGGUAAACUCAAACUCAAUCAGCGGAACCUCAACUCCAAAUGAGGGUAGCGUCGGAUUUAGACUUCGAGAGGUUGAUGUCCAAUUCCCUCGUGGUCAGAUUACACUGAUAGCUGGGAAAUUUGGUUCGGGCAAAACACUCUUACUUCUUGCUCUUUUAGGUGAAGCUAGAUUGAUAGAAGGUAAAAUUUCCUAUGCUGUAUCACCUAUAAUGGAUCCUACAGAGAUCGACAAGAAUGACUGGACAUUACUUUCUGGUGCUGUUGCAUAUGUCCCUCAGACUCCUUGGCUCUUGAGUCAGAGCAUCCGUGACAAUAUCCUUUUCGGUCUACCGCUUGAUAUGGAUCGAUAUCGAUCAGUAUGCUUUGCUACAGGUCUUAUGCCUGAUCUCGAACUACUCGAAGAUUCUGAUCUUACCGAAAUUGGCGAACGAGGAAAGAUUUUGUCAGGUGGUCAGAAAGCCCGAGUCAGUUUGGCCCGAGCUAUCUACUCGCGAGCAUCGACCCUACUCCUCGACGACGUUAUCUCUGCGGUUGAUGCCCAAACAUCCAAACAUAUCGUUCAACACUGUUUUAAAUCUCCCUUGAUGACCGGUCGAACGAUUAUCAUUGCUUCUCACGCUAUCGAGGCUCUGUCGCCAUUAGCAGAUCAUACCGUUUAUCUCGAUGAUGGUCGAUGUACCUUCACCGGAUCAGGGAGGCAGCUCCUCGACAGUGAAUACAUGUCCCACCUAAGGACUGAAUCAAGAUUGCCAAGUAGAGUUCCGUCCAGAAUGCCAAGCUCAGUAGACCUGUCGGCGGAUAAAACUCACUCAUCGAACCUACGUGAUGACUUGCACAAAGCUGAAGAAAAGAAUGAAGUAUCUGAAAAAUCUAUUGAGCAAGCUGAGAAAUUUGAAAUUAGAGAAGUUAUCCCUAAAACACCUAGACAAUUGAUAUUAGAAGAAGAACAGGGGUCUGGAACAGUUGAUAUUCAACAUUGGAAAAACCUCUUAGCUCUAAAUGGCAAUUGCGUGUAUUGGUUAGUACUUGUAUUACUGAUGUUGGCAAGUACGCUUUCACCUGUCGUCGAGAGGAAAGUACUGGCACUAUGGACUGGGACUGAGGGAAAUGACGAAAUCAGACAGAAGUACAGCGUCGUGUUCUGGGUCUCACUUUAUGCCGGACUGUCGCUUGGACGGACUAUCAUGGGCACCUUAUUCAACUGUUUCCGCUUCCUUGGAUGUGUUAGAGCAAUGAGACUUAUUCAUGGUCAAAUGCUCGAAUCGAUGUUAAGUUCUAAGAUGAUUUUCUUUACCAAAACUAGAGCUGGAUCUAUCGUGCAACGUUUUGGAAAAGACCUGAAUGACGUUCUCGAUUGUUCUGAAAUUUUGGGAGAGUUUGCACAAGGAAGUAUGAGUGUCGUCAUUGCUUUAAUCUCAGUAUCCAUUUAUGGUGGUUGGGUAUUUUGCUUGGUCACAAUUCUGGUGGUAGUGGCUGCGUGGGGACCUUCCAAAUAUUAUAGAGCUUCAUCUCGCCAAAUUCGAAGAUUGCAAGCGGUCAUUCCUGGACCUAUCAAUGCGAUUUAUGGCGAGACAGUGGCUGGUACUUCAGUCAUCAGAGCCUUCGGCGCGCAAUCGAUUUUCAUGGACGACUUGAUGAGGUGGACCAACAUGAAAAUCACUGCUACAUUCUGGACAGCCGCCGUUUCCCGUUGGUUAUACUUGAACAUUCAAGUGUUCGAUACCAUAAUCAAAAUUACCGCUUUGACAUUACUGUUAGCGCGAUCAUCUACGACUGGCGCCACAGCAGGUUUCGUGAUGACUUUCGCAGCAACGAUUUCCAGUAAUUUGAAUUGGAUGUUAAUCCAACUAAGAGAUUUUGAAUGGAAGGGAGUUAGUCUUGAAAGGACAUCAGAAUAUCGGACGUUGGAAAGAGAAGAUGGAAAAUCAUUAGAUGCAAGUGAUUCAAACACUGCGAAAUGGGAAGCCGAACAAGACAAACAAAACAAACAUAAACACCUAUCUCUCCAAGAGAACGAAGAUGAGGAGGAUGAUGAAGAGGUAUUGGAGUUAGGUUUAGGUAAAUGGCCUGAAAAGGGACAAGUAAACGUUUCGGAUUUAUGUGUUAGAUAUGGGCCUGAUAUGCCUGAAAUACUACAUGACGUUUCGUUCAGUAUAGAAGGUGGUCAGAGAGUUGGUAUAGUAGGUGCUACAGGUGGUGGUAAAUCUACUUUAGCAAAAGCUUUCUUCUCUUUCGUUGAUAUCACUAAAGGCAAGAUCGAGAUCGACGGAAGAGAUAUAUCCCAAAUUCCAUUAGGCCGUGUUCGAUCUAAAUUGGGAAUCAUAGCACAAGAUCCAAUCCUUCUUUCUGGAUCAUUGCGUCUAAAUCUUGAUAUCGAAGGGAAGUAUUCUGAUGAGCAACUAUACGACGCUUUACAUCAAGUUCAGCUUCUCAAGAGGACCGAUCCUACUUUCACGUCUACUUCCUCGUCCAUAGCUGAGAUCAAUGAUAAUAUCACUACUUCUGACGAUGUUGAAGAUAGAGUCGGACAGAAAGAGCAUGAUCAUCAAGAGAACAUAUUCAAAAAUCUGGAUUAUGAAAUCAAAGGUGGUGGUGAAAACCUUUCAGCAGGACAAAAACAGUUGGUAGUCUUAGCAAGAGCUUUAUUGAGGAAACAUCGAGUGUUGAUAUUGGAUGAAGCUACAGCUUCUAUAGAUUCAGCUACAGAUGCAGAGAUCAGUAGAGUCGUUCAUGAAGAAUUCAAGGAUGCUACUGUAUUGAUUAUCGCUCAUCGAUUAAGGACAAUCAUGCCAUGUUCGAAAAUCUUAGUUAUGGAUAAAGGCGAAUUAGUACAACAAGGUUCACCAACUGAAUUAAUUCAUCAACAAGGUAAAUUCCAAAGUCUAUGUAUGGCAGCUGGCAUGGAAGAAUUUCAACAUCUAGUCUCUUUGGCCGACAACCACUCAGCAGGCUAUGCUGUUUGA